UGAGUUGUGUCCUGUGCAGGCUGCCGUACCAACAGCACGACCUCGGCCACCAACAACGUGUACAGUGUGAACUCCUCUCAGCCUCUGGCCUCCUACAACCUGAGCUCCCUGCCCGCGGGCCCCGGGGCUGGGGCCGGGGCCAUCACCAUGGCCGCCGCUCAGGCCGUGCAGGCCACCGCUCAGAUGAAGGAGGGCCGAAGGACGUCCAGCCUGAAGGCGAGCUACGAGGCCAUCAAGAACAACGACUUCCAGCUGGGCCGAGAGUUCGCCCUGGCCCGGGACAGCGCCGGGUACUCCUCCUCCGCUCUGGCCUCCACCCUAACCCAGACCCUCACCCCCACCGCCACCUCUGACUCCAGGGGCCGCAAGUCCAAAAGCAGCAUCAAGUCCUCCAACCACCAGUCGUCCUCCUCCUCCUCCUCUUCCUCCCUGUCCUCCUGCUCUUCGUCGUCUGCGCUGGCUCAGGAACUUUCCCAGCAGGCCUCAGCGCUGCCGGAGGCCGAGGCCAACAGUCAGGUGGACUGGACCUACGACCCCAACGAGCCCCGGUACUGCAUCUGUAACCAGGUGUCCUACGGAGAGAUGGUCGGCUGCGACAACACAGACUGUCCCAUCGAGUGGUUCCACUACGGCUGCGUGGGCCUGACCGAGGCUCCCAAGGGGAAGUGGUUCUGUCCUCAGUGCACGGCCGCCAUGAAGCGCAGAGGCAGCCGCCACAAAUAGAGGGUCCGGCCGCCUCGCCCUCAUCAAGCACAGCUACCGUCGGCCGCCCGGGGUCAGAGGUUGGCAGGCUGGGAACACGUUGUGCCAACAGGAAGCGUUCUGGGACUAAUCCAUUUCACCGCCGCCCCCCUAACGUUCUGGACUUUCCAAGAAUCCUGCAGGUUUCUGUUUGUUUUCUUUAUUAACACAAGUCAGACUUGAUUGGUCUGAUGAUGCGGAUCCAUCAGGACCUGGUCCCUCUGGACAGACCUGCUGAAGCCCUGAACGUUUGGUCUCCAGUCGAGGGACCAGAGAAGCUCUCUGAACCUGUUCCGGUGUGUCCAGGUGUGAUUCUGUUCUGUACCUCACCUGGCCAGGUCAGAGGUCAGGCUGUGUGUACCUGGAGGACUUUAAAUAAACUGGACCUGAACUCGU